CGAGGCGGGGACAAACUCCGCAUUUUGAUUGGUCUCGGCUCGCUCCCUUGUCUGGAUCGCUGGGAAGCUUCGGAGAUGCGGAUCCGCACAGCUCACCCGGAGCCAGAGGCGGCGGAGCUCAGCGGUGUCACCAGCAGAGAGCAGCCGGGGAGUGAGCCAAGGGAGCAGUCGGACCCCCAGCCAUGGACACGGACUCCGGGGAUCUCAGCGAGGGGGAGCUGUCACCAGGACCAGAACUGUUCAGUUCGAAGAGCUUUGCCGUACAAGCACAGAAGAAGAUUCUCAGCAAAAUGGCUACAAAGACAAUGGCAAAUAUGCUUAUAGAUGACACCAGCAGUGAAAUUUUUGACGAACUUUUCAAAGCCACAAAGGAAUAUGUCCGGAACAAGAAAGAAGCUCACAAAAUCCUAAAGGACCUUAUCAAGGUGGCUGUAAAAGUUGGUAUUUUGUACAGAAACAACCAGUUCAGCCCAGAGGAACUGGAGAUUGUGGAGAAAUUCAGGAAAAAGCUGAAUCAGACCGCUAUGACAGCCGUCAGUUUCUAUGAAGUGGAAUACACGUUUGAUAAAAAUGUUCUUUCUGGACUUCUACAUGAUUGCAAAGGUCUGCUCCAUGAUUUAGUGCAACGCCACCUAACGCCAAAAUCCCACAGCCGCAUUAACAGAGUUUUCAAUCAUUUUGCUGAUAUGGAUUUCCUUACUGCUCUCUACAGCCCUGAAGGGAAUUGCAGGUCACACCUCAAAAGGAUUUCCGAGGGAGUAAAUAAACUGCUGGAUGAUAGAAUCAUUUAAACACUUGCCUUCAUUAUCUUUUUUUCUGUGUGAACAAGAUGGCUUCUUAAUGGACAUGUUGAUUGCAGGCAGCCAGAUUGAAGCACAGCAGAUGUCUGUAUGGGGUGUCCUUUUUUAUUUUGUUUUUGGGACAUAUUUCUGUUAUUCAUACAAAGAACGAGGCCUUCAUCUGCAUCCAUUAAACUAUAUUUCCUUAAAUAAGCAGAGGUACUUGACAACUUAUAAAACCAUUAGAUUGCCAUGACCCAAUUAAAAAGGGUAAACUGAACUGCAGCACGGUGCAACAGUUGGAAUGCAACACAAAUCUUCAGUUUUAUGUUUGUAUUUAUUAUGGAUGGGUCUUUUCUUCUCCAUUGAUGGUCCUUAAAUCCCAUUUAAGUCUCUUUCAUAGUUCUGUGCAUAGGUUCACUACUUUAGCAAAGGCAAUGCAAGAGUCUGCAUGACCUUUUGUUUAUUUGCAAAUCUUCAGCAAGGAUUUACCUGCAUGAAAAUCGGGUUUUAUGGCCUUAAUCCUAAAGCAGAGAAGGUUUAAUGUACAAAGAUCGCAUUCUGAUUAUAUGGAGGGAUACCAGUGGUUGGGUGAAUAAGUAUUAAAAAGAACAAACGAAUGACUAUUUACAUAUUAAAGGAGCAGUUCAUCCAAAAGUGAUGUACUCGUCAAA